CGCGGUUAGAAACGGUUAUAAAAUAUGUUUACUACAAUAUGUGAACAACGGCGUGCUCGGCGCCCAAUGUGGUUAUCUCGUUUUCAAUUUGAUUCUCUGUUUUUAAUUUUACCUCAUUAUUGUUAGUAAACAUAAGUCGAUAUAAUACAGCAUUUAUCUUUAAACGCUUGAUUAGUAACUUAGAAUACCUAUAUUGUUUAAUAAUUUUAGUUAAAAAUUUUAUUUACCGCUUAGAAUAUUGGCAUCAAUCGAAAGACUUGAUUUCUUUACACCUCUAAUUCAAAAUCAAGCCAAAAACUUAAAUAGUUAUCGUCUUACAUUAUUAUAAUUAUAUAUUACAUUAACCAAAUUUAUUGUGAUAUUGGAACUAGUACUAUAAAUAAAAAAUAUGGUGUACAAAAUUAAGAAACACUCAGCCAUGCCUGUUCAUGUCGUCGAUGAUCAUAAUGACACCUUGCGGUACAUGUAUCGAGAAAUAGGUUCAAAACAUAUGCCAUUAUAUGGAAAUGUGUUGCUUCAUUUUGACUCGCACCCAGAUCUAUCUGUACCCAAAGACAUGCCUGCUGAUUACGUUUAUGACAAAGAAAAGCUAUUUGAUUCACUGAGUAUUGAGAACUGGAUUCUGCCUGCCGCCUAUGCAGGUCAUUUUGACAAGAUUUUGUGGAUCAAACCACCUUGGGCACGACAACUUGAAGAUGGAGAGUUAACAUUUGUUAUUGGUAAACAUAAAACAUCUGGAGCUAUUCGACUAACAGCCUCAUGUGAUUACUAUGUAGGCGAAGGUCUAUAUUGUCGAUUGGAGGAUCUGGUCAAUUGCCGGACUAUCAAGCUUUUUGUAUAUACCAUGUGUGGAAGCAUAUUUUGUCAAGAAGGGAGUGGCAAUGGUCGUCGUCUUCGUGAAGAUUUUAGUGUUCUACGUUCAAAAUUUGUUGAGUACAUAGCUGGUGGUAAUGAUGGUGGUGGGCAUUUCAUACUAGAUUUUGAUUGUGAUUUUUUCUCCACGAGUAACCCUUUUUUGACAGUAUAUGAUAGAGUUGAUUUGUAUGGUAUCCUUCGAGAUGUGUAUGCAUUUGAUUCGCCAAUAAAUCGUGAUGACCAAGAUGCAUUGUUACGGUGUUCCGAAGGCCGGGAACUACUAUUACGACAGCUUGAGUCUGUUUUCAUGCAUCUUGAUGAUGGUAGACAAUUAGCUGAUUAUCCAUUAGAAAAGCUUACAGCUGUUAAUGUGGAACGAUUAUCAUAUGCUGUCCAAGAGCUGUCUGAACAUUAUGAUACAGUUGAUUGGUUAAUUGUGCACAAUGCUGGAUGCACUAUUGAUAAUAUAGAACUACCAAACCAUCACACUGAUGCAGCUGAUAUAGCUAAGUCUAUGGAAGUAGUGUUUGAUUUCCUACAACUCAUACAACGACCAGUAGCAGUCACAGUAGCAUUGUCUACAGGCGAUGAAUAUUGUCCUGCUGAUAGUAUUGAAUUUAUCCGGGAAACACUAUUUACAAAGUUGGAAUGUUUAUAUAAUGAAUUGGAUGUAAAAAAUUAUGUACAAGAUGACUGUUAAAAAAUAUUAUAUUAUAAUUGAGUUAUAACACUAAAAAAUUAUAAUUUUAUUAUAAUAAUAGUUAACUAUUAGUUGUCACCUUUAUAACGUAUACUAAGUAUUUUUUAUAAUAGUUGUUAAAGUUUAUAUAGUUGUUGCACAAAAUUUCUUGUAUGUAACUGACAAUUAAUUAAAAAAUUUUGUGUUAUCAAAUUAUUUAUGUUUAGUCAUACAUAACACAUUGUUGUUUGCUUCCUAUUAAGUAGUUAUUGUUAAUACUUUACUGUAAAAGUUUUACUUUAUGUAAAUAUUAAAACAUUACUUUUAUAAUAAUAUAUAUUAAAUAUUAUGUUACAUGACAUUUACUACAAUUAUAGUAGAUGUAAUAUAUGUUAUUGACAUAAAAUAGUGAUAUAAAAGUUAAUUUUUUCUUUGGUAGGAAUACUAUAACCUAUAUUUGUACAAAAUCUGCAUCACAUUUUUUAUUAGAAAAAAAAUUGUAAACACUACUACUGUUAAUUUUUUGUUUAUAUUAAUUUCAAUAUGUUAUUGAUAAUAGGUUUUGUUGCACAUACAGUGUAGUGAUUUAGUAUACUUAAAUAAUUUAAUUAUUAUUAAUAGAAUUUGUUGAAUAUUCAGCUAAAGAAUCAAAUAUCUAGUUGUAUAUUCAAAAUAAUUGUUAUACUUCAUAAGUUAAAUAUUUAACUAUGAAAUUUCAGAUUUUGAUAUAGUAUGGACAUCCAAUCGUUUAUCUAAACUGUACAUAAAUUCCAUAAAUAAAAAUGUUUUUUU